AUGGAGACUCAAGCCAAUACCACAGUGGGAGCUUCUCCUUGUGAGGCCGAGCUUCAGGAGUUAAUGGAACAAAUCGACAUCAUGGUGAGCAACAAAAAGCUGGACUGGGAAAGGAAGAUGAAGGCCCUGGAGACACGAUUAGACCUUCGGGACCAAGAGUUGGCCAAUGCACAGACUUGUUUGGAUCAGAAAGGGCAAGAGGUGGGAUUGCUUAGACAGAAGCUGGACAGUCUGGAAAAAUGCAACUUAGCAAUGACUCAGAAUUACGAAGGGCAGCUACAGAGCCUCAAAGCACAAUUUUCCAUGCUAACUAGUAGCUUUGAAAAGCUGAGGCUACACCAGGUGAGACAAGGAAGGUUUCGGAGAAGAGAGACCCUGCACCCCGCAGAAAACAUGCCCUUGGAACUCAGCAACUUCAACCAGAAGUUGGAGGAAUUUAGAGCAAAGUCAAGAGAAUGGGAUAAGCAAGAGAUACUCUACCAGUCUCAUCUAGUUUCUGUAGAUGCACAGCAAAAAUUAUUAUCUGAGAAGUGUGAUCAAUUCCAGAAACAGGCCCAAAGUUUCCAGACUCAGGUGAACAGUAAGAAACAGUGCCCCGAGGACGGCAGCGCUGAAAUCCCUCCUCUCAUCUGUGCUCCAGAGCCCGGCGUGGAGGCCUGUGAGAGAGAUGAGUUCAUUAUAGAGAAGCUCAAGUCGGCCGUGAGUGAAAUCGCGCUGAGCAGGAGUAAACUGCAGGAUGAGAAUCAAAGGCUCUUGCAGGAGCUGAGAAUGUGCCAGAGGCAGUGCCAGGCCAUGGAAGCAGGACUCUCAGAGGUCAAAAGCGAGUUGCAGUCACGCGAUGAUCUCUUGAGGAUCAUAGAAAUGGAACGAGUGCAGCUGCACAGAGAAUUAUUAAAACUGGGCGAGAGUCAGACUGUGCAGGAAACUAAACGAAGAUUUGAAUCAUCUUAUUCCCCUUCUAUUAAAGAUCCAGAAAAUAAAAGGAAAGAGCUGCUUUCAGUGAUCUCAGAUCAACAAAGUCAUGAGAAAGAAAUGAACACGCCCAGAGGCCCACUGUACCCGGAGGUGGAGCAGGAGCAGAUGCGCUCAGAGAUCUCCGCACUCACUGAGGAACUGCAGCAUAAGGAGCAAACCAUCGCGGCCGUCAUGAAGAAGGCUGCCCUGCUGGAGCGGCAGCUCAAGGCUGAGCUUGAGAUCAAGGAGAAGAUGCUAGCCAAGCAGCAGGUCUCCGAUAUGCGCUACAAAGCUGUCAGGACGGAGAACUCGCACCUGAAAGGAAUGAUGGGUGACUUGGAUCCAGGGCGGCUCAUGAAUGUCGACUUUUCCAACAACAAUCAUUUGCGGCACACAUCCAUUAACAAGCUGGAAAGUGAAAACGAACAGCUGCGGCACGACCUCCUAAAGCUUCGGGCCUCCGUGAACCCGACCUGGGCUUACCAGAGCGCCUUCGAGGGAGCAGGACUCGGUGGCUUCUCCGGCCACGGCCACGCAAGGGACAAGAAUGAGAGCAGGCUCAGCCAGGACCAGGAGCCAGACAGAAGUGUCACACCUUGCCUGUCCCCCCUGCUCUUCCCGUUAAAAGAAAUGACCAGGGAAGAAGCCGUCUUCUCCUUGUCUCCUUCCGACAUCUCCUACCCGGCAUCUCUGGCGGCACAGCAAUUCCUUCAGGAGGAAGAGAGGAGAGCGAGAGAACUGGAGAGACUUCUCAACACACACAUCGACGAACUGCAAAAGCACACAGAAUUCACUCUUAAUAAAUACACCAGGCUAAAACAAAACAGACACAUAUGA